GGGCAGAACAUCCACAUAACAUUACAUCUCUCGAAAACAACUAUAGCGGCCUCUCCACACGGACUGGGAGACAGGCCACGUGACGUGUACGUCAUCAUUGGCGGUACAUGCUGCACAGAUUAAGAUGGCGGCGUCCAUUACUGUUAUAGAGCUUGGCUUCGUGCAGGAAUGCGAACCUUGGCGGCUGCGUAGUCCACAGUUCCCCAGUAAAGUAGGGGGGCGCCCGGCCUGGCUGUCUGAGGUGGGGGUCCCGGGGCCCGACAGGCUGCAGUGCGGGGUCUGUAUGAAGCCCCUGGCCUUCCUCCUCCAGGUCUACGCGCCGUGCACGGGGAGCUUCCACCGGACCAUCUUCCUGUUCACCUGCCGGGAUCCCACGUGUCACCGAGUGGGGGAGAACCGCUGCUAUAGAGUUUUCAGAAACCAGCUACAAAGGAAAAAUGAUACUUACUCUUAUGGUCCACCUCCGGACUCGCCACCACCCCAUGGAGAAUACCCUACAAACUUUCAGUUAAAAUGUGGCCUUCGGCUUUGUAGAGUAUGUGGCUGCCUGGGGCCUAAGGCAUGCUCAAGAUGUCAUAAAGUGAAUUACUGUGACCGACUGCAUCAGCUUAUGGACUGGAAGUCACAGCAUAAGGAGCUGUGUGGUCAAGAGUUUGAUGUUCACAAAGUUGAGAUUGCAGAUCAUGGAUUUCUGUUUCCAGAAUAUGAGCUUGUUACAGAACCUGAGGAGCUGGAUUCUGAUGCAAGUCUGGAAGAUGAUUCCACAAUGAGUCAGAUGGAUGUUGAGUCAUUGUGCUCAAAUGUGUCAUCAAAUCUUGAGUCCUCUAUGAAUGAGUUGAAAUUAAAUGAAGAGGAGUUGUCUACUAUGGCAAAGCAUGAGAGUGAAGAAGACAAAGCUUUUAGAAGGUUCAAGAAGCGGAUUUCAAUUGAACCUGAGCAGGUCCUGAGGUAUUGUAAAGACGGUGAACCUCUUUGGAUUUCUCUCCAAAAUGUUCCAGCUGAAAAUGAUAUCCUUAACUGUGAAUGUGGAGCUAAAAGGGCUUUUGAAUUCCAGGUAAUGCCACAGCUGCUUAAUCACUUAAAAGUGGAUAGUCUUCAGGAGAGCAUUGACUGGGGUGUUCUGGCCAUCUACACUUGCUCUGCCAAUUGCAAUGCAGAAAAACGUUAUGUCGAGGAGUUUCUAUGGAAGCAAGAUGUGCCAGCAGACUCAAUGUAAAGCCACAACUCCAUUUCUUUACAGCCAAAAAGGACAUUGCUCUCUUGGCCAGACCAGUUGAAUGUUUGAUUUCACAUGUUUCUCAAAGUUAUGUCAUCAUCUUCUAGAAGGUGCAUAUGUUUGUCCAACAGUUAAAAAUGACAACUUUCUUGACAAAGUUUUAGGUAAUAAAGUUGGUAUUUUAAAGGGGUGUUAAACUACGAAGAAGGGUAUUGUAGUCUUGUGAGCACAUAAAGGACCUCCUCCAGAAAGAAAAACAUGGCCUUUUAACCCAUAGAAUAGUCCAAAUUAAAUUUUCCAUUACCAUUCAGGAAAAGGAAUUCUAAUUUCUAUAGAAGUGGAUCUGUCACUGACCCACUCCUUUGGGUGCCAAAACUAAGGACAACAAUUUCUGAAGAAUGAUUAGUCAGUGAAGCAGUGCUCAGAUAUUACUGUGAAUGGCUGCAGUUUUUGUUUUUUAUUUAAUAGGUCACAGGUCCCUUAAGGGAACCUGUGAUCAGGUUUAUGCUGCCCACACCUUUUGGCAGAAUAAAAUUGAUGCAGACAGCGGGAUCCUGGGACACUGUGAAUAAUUCUAAUCAGUUAUAUGCUGUAUGUGGUUGUGGCAGCAUAAAAAAAAAAUGACCUGUUCCCUUUUAAGUUCACUAUGCCUUAUUACUGACACCAGACACUUUGAAAAACUUUAGUUUGCUUUUCUAGGGCUACAUGUCAGUCACUUGUUUCAGCUUAAAACCUUUGUCAUAAAUAAAACACUUUUGACAUGUCAUUCAGACAUUUCAAAAGUUUAUUGGUCAAGGGCUCGGUGCUGACCCCCAUCAAUUGCUAGAUAUAGCUGGGUCAAGGAGGUGUCAGAGCUUCACUCCUUGGCUUUGGUGCUCAUUCUAGCUGAUGGGCUCCAUUAUAGUCUAAGAAGCCUGUCACUGGCAAUGUGAUUGAGCACCAAGCCAGGAAGUAAAGCUUGCCUCACCCAGCUAUAUUAAGCAAUGGAUGGGGUCUCAACCCUGAGACCCCAACUGAUAUAAAUACUUUUGAUAUGUCAUGAAGACACCAAGUUUUUUUGUCUUCAUUACAGUAACACAUUACUUAUAUACUUCUGUAAAAGUGCCAUGUGAGUCUAGUAACCGUUCACUGCAGUCACAACAGAAUAAGAGAUCCCUGAGUAUCUGAAAUGACAUUUAGCAGUGGUUUUCAUGUCACCUUACAACCACUGGCCUAAAGAAGUUGUUGUUAAUACUUGUAAGACAAAGGCAUGAAUCAAGCUAUUCCUAUCACAUUUCAGUGUAAAUUGUUCCACGAUGGUAGGGAUUUUCAACAAGAUCUUGCCCAAGCCUUUAACUCUAUGGCUGGCUGCAACCCAAAGUGUUUUUGACUGCACUUUAUGUUAUAGAGUAUUUUUGUUAUAUUCCUAUCUUGUUGUAAAAAGGAUUGUCUGUUUUAUUAUUUGUAAUUAAUAAAAGAAUAUUAAAAAAAAUGUUUAAUAGUCCAUCUGCUAUUGACAAAACACAAAGGUGUGUUGAGAAUGAGUGCUGUUACCAUGUUAUGUCAUUUUGGUAAAACAGUAUAAAAAACAUUCUGCUAUUGUAGUUUGUGGGGAUUUUCAUGCUUGGCAGCAUGUAUAAAAUGACCCCUGAAAAAUAAGUAUUAGAGCUGUUACAAAGUGUUUAGCCAAUA